CUACGUGGAUGGGUCGGUGUCGUCGGGCGCCAGCAGCACCACCGCCAGCAGCGGGGGCUGGGGGAGCUUGAGCAGCAGCAGGUGGGGCGGGGGCAGCCGGGGGGAGCGCACCUGAAGAGUGAGACAUCGAAGAGGAAGUUCUAUCCGUGUGUAUGCGUGCAACGGGGGCUUCAUAUCAUGUGAUGGAUGCGUACACUCUCGUAUGAUGGUCUCGGUCUCGAGGUAUAUCUCGUAGCGAUGGCCUGUCGUGUUGUAUUGCCUGAGGAAGGAGAAACAGACAGUGUGUUGCAUGACGCGUCCACGUCUCUGUCCAUAAUCGUGUUGACUUGUUUUUGUGUUUGACGGUGAAGUCGGCUAGGCAGUAUUUCUGUCAACAGCACAUAGACCAAUAAAUACAUCGGCAGAUUCUCAAGGCCUUCCUGUCUGUCCAUGAAUGUCGCCCAUCUUACUUUGUCCUUGGCCAUCUUGUUGUAGUGUGCGGCGGCGGCCUGCCCGAAGGCGCACACCUUUAUGUCCUCCUGACAUCAACACACAAGUCAUGAAUGCGACACACACAUCGAAUGGUCAUUAUCUUGCUCUGUGCUCACCUGCCCUUGUCUUAAGUGUAGAGAAAAACAUGCUGCUGCCGUUGCUGCAGGUGCCCAGCUGCGAUCUGGACAGUGAGACACAUCAGAUGAUAGAGAAAGAAUCAAAUGGCGGCCGCAAGCCCUCGCUGCAUCCCAUCCUGUGCUUGCAGGCACUCACAUUGACGUCACCGUGGCCUCGAUGACCUGCAUCGCCGACCGCCCGACCCGCAGGUCGGCAAGCAGCAUGGGCUGCCGCUCAGCGGCGGUGGCGUGCAGGUGCCUGCCACGCCUGAGCGAACACAUACACAUCAUAUAUGUGUGCGUGUUCAACCUUCAUUGCAAUGCAAUCCCUACCCGUCGCCUCGGACAUGGACGUUUUUGAUGACUAUGCAGUCCCCCUUCUCUAUGUCCCUGGCCGCCGGCAGGUCGAUGGGUAUGAGGGCCGUGCGACUCCCGUCAUGAACUAUACACCUACAGUUGCAUGCAUCAUGCAUGCCGUCAUACAUCGUCUGUCAGCUAGGCAAGGCACACAUGCAGUAAAGCAGUCUUUAUAUAUACUCUCGUGGAUUGCUUACUUGAGCUCAGCGGGGGUCUUGUUGAUGAUCUUUGCCACCCGCAGCUUCCUGGACUCCCUCCCUUGCCCCGUGAGCAACCCAACUAUGUCCAAUGGCGUUGCCGCCGCCAUGGCUGUCUCCUCCUCUCCUGCGAAGCCUGUCGGCUCCUGUCGACGUCUCUGCUGUUGGGCGAAGCGCAGGCGAUUGAACAGCUUUGAAUGAGCAGCUGUUGUUG